CAUUUUGAUAGAAAGUACAAUUACUUACAGUUUAAAGAAAAGAUGGAAAAAAAAAGCUAUGAGCCUUUUAAAGAAAAUUGAUAAUUCUAAAAAUUACUAGUCUUAAUAACUUUUAAAGACUGUUUUAGUAUAGUAAAAACUGUUCAUAUCAGAGGAAUACAAAUUACUUUUAUAAUGAUGUCAGUUAAUAUUAAUUUAAAUAAAAUAAGUUCUAAAAUUGAAGAAAAUAUCCUUCAAAAUAAUGUACUGUACCUUAAUUUGUUUUGAUGAGAGCUUCAAACUUUCUUAUGAGGCUUAUAAUCAAUACUGUUUGCAAGUACAUAUAGGAGCAAUAAAAUGUUUAAAUUUUGAUGAUAAAUUGAUGUAUAUCAGUGAAACUAUUGAAUGUAUUUCUAAUUUAUGCUUUAGUCAUUGUGGCAUAAAAUUAGAUGCUUUAAAACAUUUAACAGAAUAUGUAACUAUAAUGUCGAAAAGUCAAUGGACAAAUUUAUCACAUUAUGUAUACAAAGUUAUUAUGGGCCUUAUGACACAUAGUGUACCUGCAAUUCAUGAACAAUGUGUGGUUUUAUUUAGAAAGUGUAUUGAAUUAGAGGAUUUAGAUUAUAUAUUGGAUGUUGUAAUGUCAGAAAUUUCAUGGUCAUUGAGAAUAAAAUAUUUUAUGUUAAUUGAGAUUGCACCGAUGUAUGGAAUUAAAAAAAUUUUGUGUAAAUAUGAAGAAUUGUCAAUUUCAAUGUGGAGUAGCUUGAAUGAGCCUUAUUUGCUUUCACCGUGUCUUGGAUUAUAUAAAGUUUUUGUUACAAACCUUAGUGAAGAAGAUUUUUAUACCUAUAUAAUGAAACCAAUUUUAAACCCACUUUUCUUAAAAAAUAUGUCUGCAUUAACAAAGUUCAAUUUUGUGACUUAUUUAUUACCUGAACUAAAAUUUAAGCACACAAAGAGUUUGAAAUUGAUGUAUAAGAUAUUAAAAGAGAGUAACGAGCCAGAUUUAUAUGUACAAAUAGCUAUUAUUAAAAUUAUUCAAUCUGAAAAUGGUUUGAUGCGUGAUGAAUAUAAUGACACUUUAAUAGCAUCCUUAAAUUCUGGUAAUAAUAAUGUGAGAUCAGAAGCUUGUGCAGUUUUAUUUAAUUUAAAGAUUUCACCUAAAGUAAUAGAUUUACUUUACCAAUUUAUUACUUACAAUAUAAACAGUGAUUGUAUUGCUCUACGAAUAAAACUAGUUACAGGAUUCGAGAAUAUAUUGCGUAUAAAUAAGAAAAGCUGUUAUCUUACAACACCUUUUAUUAAUCAUUUACAUGAUUUUAUCAUAAAAAAUUUAAAAUCUGAUUCAAAUUACCAAAGAAAAAUAACAUCAUUAAAAUUGUAUUCAAUUUAUCUUAAAUAUAAUAAAAUUGAAGAUUAUGUCUCACAUGAUUGUAGAAAACUGCUACUUGAAAAUUUGUUACAGUCUGAUGAUAUUAGAAAAAUAAGCAGUAACUUAUUGAUAUCAUAUUUUUCAAUUACUCUAGAAGAAAAAGAUUUUGCAAAAAAUUGGAUGAAACUUGGUUUAAAGUUAUGUUAUGACCCAUUGUUUUAUAAAAAUGAAAGUGGUUCAAGUUUAAUCUACACAAUAACUAGUCUUGUUUAUAAAUCUGGGUUAAAGACAAGCAUAUUUGAAAUCAACCAUCGUAAUGUUUCUGCAUAUUUAUUGAAAUUAGCUAAGGAACAAGAGAAUAAAUUGAAGACAAAUUUUGUUGACAAUGUUACCAAAGGAACACUUUAUGGAUUACUUUCUGCAAUAAAACAACUAUCUUUUGGAGAAAAAUCACUUUUAAUGGAAAAGUUAAAUGAAAAUGAAAUUGAAUUACUAUUAAAUUUAAUUGAAUGUAGUUUAAAACUUAUGUUGGAUACUUUAGCUUCAAAAGUUGAGGGUGAAGAAAAAACUGGUGCUCCUUCAUUUGCUCAAAUGGAUAUUGCAUUAAGUAGUCUUUGUCAAACAUCGAAGGAAAAUGUUCAAACACCCACCAACACAUUUCUUUUAAAUUUCCUAUGGAUAAAUAUAAAAAUUUGCUGUGAAGUAGCAAGUGACUAUACAGUUUCACUAUUUUAUAAUGAUAUUUAUAAAAGUAAUAAGAAAGAUAAUGUUAUCUUGAGAUGUGCUAACAUAAUAGUUGAUGUUUUACUAAGAUGCAGACAUAAAGGAGUUAUGGAAGCAACUUGUAGAUCAUUAGGGAAAUUAAUUAAAAAUUGGAAAGAAUCUUCAAAUUGGUGUAAACAUAUAUUGAACAAUGAGUUAAAUAAUAUGAAGCCUGAUAAUGAAAUUUCAAGAAGAUCAGCUGGAAAACGAUACCUUAUUCAAGCAAUAGUAGUUAAUAACAAGGAAAUGAUAAAAUAUUGCGUAAAUCAAUUAUUUAAUAUUGCCAAAGAGAAUAUUUUAUCAGAUUUGUAUGUACACAGUGUAGUUGAUUUACCACAAGCUAAAGCACUCCAUUUACUUACCGCUAUUGUUUCAAACUCAUCAAUUACCCUAGAGUAUUUAAGUCCUUUUAUUGAAGAAUUAGUAUUUUUAUGUAUUGAUAAACUUGGGUCACCAUUUUGGACAAUUAGGAAUGCUGCUCUACAGUUCUUUAGUUCUCUACAAAUUAAAUUGAUUGGACAAAAUCGAUUAAACAACACUUUAUGGUUGUCACACUUACCUUUAGAACCAUUGCUAUAUCAAUUUCCAAAAAUAAUGCAUCAUUUACAACAACUGUGGACACAAAUUACUAAUAACUCUCUAUCUAGCCAAAGUUUACUUAUUCCUUACAUGUCUUUACUAAAAGGGGUGAAGUUACAAUCAUGGUCAUUGUUAUCUACGGCACAUAAAAAUUUUAUCUUAAACCUUAGACAUAAUUUAACUAAAAUUGGUUUAACAUUAGACAUUUAUACAGUCAGAAAUAUGGCAGCUCAAGCUUACACAACCACUUUACAAAAAAAUAAGUUAUUAUCUGCCUUGGAUAUGGUUGGCAGUAAAAUUGAUCAUUUUUAUAAUAUAAAUAAUUCAUCAAUAUUAAAAGAUUCAAAUCACAUUCAUGGUUAUAUUUCUUUGUAUCAGUAUUUGAAAAAUGUUUAUUCACUUGAAUUUAGAAUAAAGUAUGAAGUAGUAGCUAUUUCUUCGUAUAAUGAUAUGCAACCUUUAUGCAAGGCUAUUUAUAUUUCUAUGAACCCAGACAUAACAGGUCCAUUUCCUCACAAAUCAGAAAUUGGUUAUGGUCAAGUUAUAAAUUUAAUGAUUGAAAAUGAUAUUGCUCAAUCCAAUGACAAUUGUAAAAUUAUAGAGAAGUAUUUACUAUUUGAUGAAUACAUAAGUGUAAAAUUCCUUAAGAGUUUUCUAAAAAUUCAUUCUAAGUAUGAAGAAUCUAUUGUAAAUAAGCUAAUAAAGUAUUUGAAUACAAAAAAUAAUAAUAUUUUUAGAUUAAUCAUAUUAAAUAUUGACAACCUAUUGAAAAAUAAUAUUAAAAAUAUUUAUAAAAUUAACGUUGACAAAAAAUAUUUUAAUAAAAUAUUUGAAAAGUGCUCAUCUUAUUCAGAAAAAGAUUUUAUUUCAAUGCUCCCUGUAUUAAGUUGUUUGUGCCCAGAAGAAAAAUGUCAAUCAUUGUUAACAUCUGUUUGCAAGUACAUAAAUUGUGAUUUUUUUGAUUCAUCUGAUCGUUUCAGCUGUGCUAGAUCUUUGUAUUACUUUAUCAACUUGAAAAAUGAUGUUAGACUAUGGAAAACAAUUGUAGUGCUUCUACAAGAUGAGAAUCCUGAUAUCCGGAUUGAGGCAACAAGAUUUGUUAACCGUUUGUGUUACAACCUAUCUUCUACAUUAAACCCUUACUUUUGCCUAACAAAAAUGUUUCAAAUUUCUACAGUUAAUUUGAUCAUGUGUCCAGAAUCUGCUUUUUUAUGUUUUUGGAAUAUUAUGUCUGUUAUAGAAAGACGAACUAUUUGUAAUAGUACUAUCAAUCCAUUCUUCAAUGAGCAAUCUAAUUUUUAUAAAGAGCAAUCUAACAUUACAACACUUGCAUUUGAAGGUCUUAAACAAUUAAUCAUAUUUAACAAUGUAAACAUUUUUAAAGAAAUUGUGCUUGACCAAUUAAAAAUUUUAGAACAAGAUUGUUAUGAAUUUAAAAAUGUAUUUAUUGAUGAAAAUUUAAUGAUAUUAGAUAAGUUUUGUUACAUAAAUUUAAUGCAACUUUUAUGUAAAAAAAAAAUUUUAAAACUCCUUAACUUGUCUGACUAUAUAAAAAUAGUUUCUUCAGUUGUUGACAGUUUAAACUAUCAUAUUAUUUUAUGAUAUAAAAGUUAAACU